CUCCUACUGACCCCUGGUGUCUCAUCGGGGAACUGCGUUUGCUCGGAAACCUGGGAAAGUAAUUUUUGUGGCCUGGAGGAACCUGUUGGAGAUGGCUGCAGGCUGAGAUGUCUCUCUGCGACUACACUGACUACGACUACAUAGAGGAGGAGGGGGAUGGGGACUUCUCUGAAGACAAUGAUGUCAGCUUCACAGAUGAACCUGAAGCUUUAACCCAUCAGUCCCCACCGCUGACACAGUGUAACGCAUCCCUCCUCUGCUCAGUCGUGCCCCCCUUGCACCCCCUCACGUCUCGUGUCCUCUUUCACCCCACAUUUGAGGCUUAUUACGCUGCCGUCGCCAUUCACCAAAACCUGGAGACUCCAGAAAUGCAUCAGAGAAGAGAUGAAGGAUUCACUGUGAACUCCGGAGAAUAUUUCUACACCGACCCCUUAUUGUCCCCAGGAGAGCGGGUGUAUAACUGCCCCACAGCCGCCCAUCACAGCUUGUUUGGCUGUUUCCGUCUCCAGACUCCGCCUCCCAUCAUGGCUCCCGGUAUUUUUCCCUCUAUCUAUGAUGACGAUCCCAUGGGUGAUGAGGUGGAAGAUGCGGAGGACCCUGUAGAUAUCGGGGGAUGUAUCCCACAGUCUGGCUGUGCCCCGUCCCCAGUAUCGGGGUGUCCUGUGUCGGUCAGCGCGCUCCCCUCCCUCGUCCUGUACACUGAAUCAGAGCUGGAGGCGGUGUGCGCUCUGCUGUGUUUAUCCUCUGGGGCCCCGCACUGUGCACAUUAGGGAGCCCCACCCAUACCCCAGGCUCUGCCCACUUGUUUUAUUUCUACAUUGUCAGUAUUAGAGCUCCGCGGGGGCAGUCUUCUGUGUUUAAGCUGCCAUUCUCUCUGCUGGACACUAGAUGGAGCCAUUUCUACAUGAUGUCAGGUCUCAGCGCCAUCUGCUGGCCAGUACGUGUAUAAAGCAUCUCAGGGAUUAUAGGCCAAAAGGAACAAAAAUUCCCCCCAAAAAUGUUCAAAAAAACAAAACGUGUGUGUGCGCGCAUUAUUUUAUGAGAACACUUCAGCCUGUAAUGUUCCCCCAUCCUGUAUGACAGUGACCCUCUAUAAGUGCUAAACUACAACUCCCAGCAUGCUCGGAGUUGUAGUUUUGCAACAUCUGGAGGGCCACAGUUCAAAGAUCACUGCUGUAUGAGCCACUAUCCAUGCUGCAGCCUAUCUCGCUCGCUCCCCCUUCCCUCUAGGCAGUUAUAUUUUGUAUAUGUGGACAUGGGGGGGGGGGGGAUGGAGCGGGCCCCCAUCACUGGGCCGACUGUGUCCAUAGCAACAAGAGACAAUGUGAAACCUGUACAGGAUGACCUAAAGGAGAACUCCACCUCCCGCGAUCAGACAAGGGGUCCACACACAGGCUGUAAAACAACAUGGCGGAAAGAAGACUCAGGAGACCCAUGCGCCAUUCAGACAUGUUAUUUUAUUAGACGCAGCUUACACAAAAACACAGUUUUUCCCAUGACUUUGCAGCGGCCUUUAAAAAACAAAAAUAUAAAGAAAAAAAGGCAGGGCUUAGGCGUUGCCAUGGAGAUUAUUCUACAAAAAAAAAACAAAAAAAAAAAAAACAGGACAAGCUUAUUGGCAAGCGAGCAUUUUCAUUGGCUCAGAUUCUCUUCCCACCCCCUGCUCAGCACUUGGAAUGUUCUAUUUAAAACACAAUAUAAGCUUAUACCAUUGAUUUGGGGGGGGGGGGGGG